AUGAACAGACAACAGCUGACCUGCAAAUCUACGUUACUGGACAGUGAGGACAUGGAGCCUCAGAAGAUCUCAAUUCUGCUGCUUGGAGACGAGAAAGUUGGAAAGUCGACAUUUUUAUCGCGGAUAAGUCAGGGUGGAGACAAGCUCCAGGGCACUGCGACUGUUGAGCUGCUCAGAGAUAUCAAUCAGCCCUUCAUAUUUGAGGUACGAUUGGGUAAGCGGGACUAUAGACUCGAGUUCUACGAUACGUCUUGCCCUGAGAGUUGGCGCCUGCUCCAGCCUGACCUCCUCGUGAUCUGCUACGACAUAAGCCAGCGGCUUAGUCUCAUCAACCUCCAGAGAGUGUGGAUCAAAGAAGCCCGUGCUGCGUUCGAGACGAGGGACGUGCUCCCGAUCGUGGUGCUUGGUCUGAAGAGAGACCUACGAUCAGAGGAUGACCCCAAUGGCAUUAUCUACCCGCAGGAGGGGAUCCGAGUGGCCCAGGAGAUGAGAGCCGACCAGUACAUGGAGUGCUCAGCCGUGACGGGCGAGUUGCUUCAGACAGCGUUCGAAGACAUGUGCAAGACGGCCAUGAGGACUGCGACAGCCGAGGGCGGCCAAAGCGAGGGAGGCUGCUCGGUGAUGUGA